CCCCAGAACCAGCAGCAGCAGCGGUAGUUCAGGUCAGUCGGUCCAGUCAGCAGUCAUCCACGCAUCUAUCUAUAUUCCCUUUUCUUAAAUUAGCCACUUUAAGCUUCGCGAUACCGCCCCCAAUUUCAGCCUCGGUACGGAGCCGCCAGGCCGGGACAGAGACGGAGAGAGAGGCCUCGGCCAUGGAAGCGCUCGGACCCGGCCCGCCCGCACCAACCUCUCUGUUUCAGCCUCCACGGCGUCCCGGCCUUGGCACGGUGGGAAAACCCAUCCGGCUCCUUGCCAACCACUUCCAGGUGCAGAUUCCCAAGAUUGAUGUCUAUCACUAUGAUAUCGACAUCAAGCCUGAGAAACGGCCUCGGAGGGUCAACAGGGAGGUUGUGGACACCAUGGUGCGGCACUUCAAGAUGCAAAUCUUUGGAGACCGACAGCCUGGCUACGACGGGAAGAGAAACAUGUACACAGCACAUCCACUGCCGAUUGGGAGAGACAGGGUGGAUCUGGAGGUGACUCUGCCUGGCGAGGGGAAAGAUCAGACGUUUAAGGUGUCUUUGCAGUGGGUGUCUGUGGUCAGUCUUCAGAUGCUGCUGGAAGCCCUGUCGGGUCACCUUAACGAGGUCCCUGAAGACUCCGUUCAGGCUCUGGAUGUCAUCACGCGGCACCUGCCUUCCAUGAGGUAUACUCCUGUGGGGAGGUCGUUUUUCUCCCCUCCGGAGGGCUAUUACCAUCCUCUGGGCGGAGGCAGGGAGGUGUGGUUUGGUUUCCAUCAAUCUGUCCGUCCUGCCAUGUGGAACAUGAUGCUCAACAUCGAUGUGUCAGCAACGGCUUUCUACCGCGCUCAGCCUGUGAUAGAGUUCAUGUGCGAGGUGCUAGAUAUACAGAACAUCAACGAACAGACCAAACCACUGACUGACUCGCAGCGCGUCAAAUUCACCAAGGAAAUAAGAGUGUGGAAUUUCAACCGCACAUUUUCUUCGGCAGACACAUGCUUAAAAGUUGAGGUCACACACUGUGGUCAAAUGAAGAGGAAGUACCGUGUGUGCAAUGUAACGCGCCGGCCUGCAAGCCACCAAACGUUCCCCUUACAGCUUGAGAACGGCCAAGCCAUGGAGUGCACAGUAGCUCAGUAUUUCAAGCAGAAGUACAAUCUGCAGCUCAAGUAUCCACAUUUACCCUGCCUGCAAGUAGGGCAAGAACAGAAGCACACCUACCUUCCCCUGGAGGUGUGUAAUAUAGUAGCAGGCCAGCGCUGUAUCAAGAAACUGACAGACAACCAGACAUCCACCAUGAUCAAAGCUACAGCGCGCUCAGCCCCCGACAGACAGGAGGAGAUCAGUAGACUGGUCAAAAGUAACAGCAUGGUCGGGGGCCCGGACCCUUACCUGAAGGAAUUUGGCAUUGUUGUGCACAAUGACAUGACAGAGGUGACAGGGCGUGUUCUCCCAGCGCCCAUGCUACAGUAUGGGGGCCGGGUGAGUACAGACACAGGGAGGGACUGUGGCAGGGGACUCUCUCCGCAGAAUAAGACAGUGGCCACGCCCAACCAGGGCGUGUGGGACAUGAGAGGGAAGCAGUUCUAUGCUGGAAUCGAGAUCAAGGUCUGGGCUGUGGCCUGCUUCGCUCCACAGAAACAGUGUCGAGAGGACCUGCUGAAGAGUUUCACCGACCAGCUUCGAAAGAUCUCCAAGGACGCUGGGAUGCCCAUUCAAGGCCAGCCUUGUUUCUGUAAAUACGCCCAAGGAGCUGACAGUGUGGAGCCCAUGUUCAAACACCUCAAGAUGUCUUAUGUAGGCCUGCAGCUGAUUGUGGUCAUCCUGCCUGGCAAAACACCAGUCUAUGCUGAGGUAAAGCGGGUGGGGGACACACUCCUUGGCAUGGCAACCCAGUGCGUGCAGGUGAAGAACGUAGUGAAGACGUCCCCUCAGACCCUCUCCAACCUGUGCCUCAAGAUCAAUGCCAAGCUGGGAGGCAUCAACAACGUCCUCGUACCUCAUCAGAGGCCCUCUGUGUUCCAGCAGCCCGUCAUCUUCCUGGGUGCAGAUGUCACACAUCCUCCAGCAGGUGAUGGGAAGAAGCCGUCCAUCGCGGCCGUGGUGGGCAGCAUGGAUGGCCACCCCAGCCGUUACUGCGCCACGGUGCGAGUGCAGACGUCUAGACAAGACAUGUCCCAGGAGCAGCUCUUUAGUCAGGAGGUAAUCCAAGACCUGACCAACAUGGUGCGGGAGCUGCUCAUCCAGUUCUACAAGUCCACGCGCUUCAAGCCCACACGAAUCAUCUAUUAUCGUGGCGGUGUGUCAGAAGGACAAAUGAAACAGGUAGCGUGGCCGGAGCUGAUAGCCAUCAGGAAGGCCUGUAUCAGUCUGGAGGAGGAUUACAGGCCGGGCAUUACCUACAUCGUGGUUCAGAAACGUCACCACACUCGUCUCUUCUGCUCCGACAAAGCUGAGAGGGUUGGGAAGAGCGGUAACGUCCCAGCAGGAACCACAGUGGACAGCACCAUCACACACCCGUCCGAGUUCGACUUCUACCUGUGCAGCCAUGCUGGGAUUCAGGGAACCAGUCGUCCCUCCCACUACCACGUCCUGUGGGAUGACAACUGUUUCACCGCCGAUGAACUGCAGCUCCUCACCUACCAGCUGUGCCACACCUAUGUCCGCUGCACGCGCUCCGUCUCCAUCCCAGCACCGGCCUACUACGCCAGACUAGUGGCUUUCCGAGCUCGCUACCACCUGGUGGACAAAGAUCAUGACAGUGCUGAAGGCAGCCACGUGUCGGGUCAAAGUAAUGGCCGGGACCCCCAGGCAUUGGCCAAGGCAGUUCAGAUCCACUAUGAUACCCAGCACACCAUGUACUUCGCCUGAGCUAGCGAGCACGUCAGCCAGCCCACCCGCGGAUUCCCUUCCUUUCUGUCUUUUUCAUCUCUUUUUUUUUUUUUUGCCAGUCUCUCCCUCUUUCUCUCUCUUUUUCUUCUCCCACAUCUUUUUCUCUCUCCUUGUAGUCUGUCUCUUUCUCUUCACACUCACUCUAAUUUUCUGAAUCUGCACCAAAGCGGCUCUUGGACGAGGGAGACCUGCUGUGUCCCUAUGUCCAGCAGGUUUUUGUUUCAAGGAACAAUCAGCCAACCAGCGUUCCCAAUCGAGCCGCCUUUCAAACCAGCAAUCCAGCACUGCGAUCCCUGAGGGUUUCCAGUGCACAAAAGAAAAGAAAAAACGACAAAAAAAACAAACAAACCAUACACACAUACUACAAGUUGAGCCAUUAUUUUGAGUUUGUUUUUUCUAUUUGAAUGUCUGCACUCUUGUGUUUGUAAGAUACACUGAGCAAGGGAGUGGAUUGGCACAAUCUGUGUCAGCGCAGCUCUUUAGCUCUCCCAGCUAAGCAGGACUCUUAUCUACUUUUACCUCAAAGCCCCUUUGGGCAAAAUCUGUCACAAGGUCUUGGGUUUAUUGGGUGGUGGGGAGGGAACUCUACAGGAAAAGAGAUGGAGGGGAGUCGACCUUUUGAGAAUGAAAAAUAUAUAUAUAGAUAUAUAUAUAUAUAUAUAUUUUUUUUUUUUUCCUUUUUAUGAGCGUGUGUUUUAACUUUUUCUCCUUUACGGUCUUUUACAAGCGAGGUGACCUGGGUGUCAUGCCCAUUACUACUUUCCUCUCAUCUAAGCGAAGAAUACGCAAGUCUGUGUGCGUGUGUUUGUGUGCGUGCGUGCGUGUGUGUGUGUGCGUGCAUGCAUCUCUGUAUAUACAUGUACUGCUGUAUGAGAGUUUGUGUAUGCAUGUGUGUUUCAUGGCAGGCCACUGAAUUGUAAAGGGAAAUCAAGGAGAUAACUGCUGUAAAUGCCUCAGAUUUGUUGUUUUUAUAUUCACACAUACAGUACAUAUAAGCAUAUAUUUACAUCUAUAGAGCAACUUUGAGACAUAUGACUUAAAAACAGGCCUCCAUAGAGGCUGGUGUGGGUAUUUGUAGUAGUCCUGGGUCACUUAUUAAUUGAAAUGCUUUGAAUUACAUUUUGAACGCGUAUGUUUGACGUGCUGCCAGUGCAGUAUGGGUGGGAUUUGCACCUUUGGGAGCCAGCUACUCCUUUUUGUGCCUCAAAACAUCACUGAAUUCCAGAAAAAAAAGUAACUCAAUCCAUUUUGAGUAGUAAGUGAAGUCAGGUCCGACGUGUAGCAGUAGUAACCGUGGUCUGGCCUGUGACUGGCUCAGCAUUGGGACCUGUUGAAUGGCUGAAGGCAUUAAACACAGAGUAUGGUCUUAUCAGCCUUGCUUUCUGUGUGAAAAGCAGGAUCUUAUUUUUCUUUGGACCUGAUUAUCUGAAAGAUUAUAUGAUGACACGGCUGGACGUUGCUUUUCUUCAUUUUUUUUUUUUUUUUUUUUUUGUAGUAGUUUCAAGGGCCGGAAACCAACGUAGUUUUUAGAGGUCUCCUUUGCUAAUACUGGCCAAUUCAUUGCACUGACCCGGGACGCUAGGCAAGCAACAGAGGGCACUCUCAAUCUCUCGUACCUUUAUGCAUUUAUACAUACGAAUCAACAAAGCAGAUUUGUAAAAGUUUAAUAUAAGAUGUUUUGUGGUUAUCUUAAAAAAAAAAAAACUGUUGUUUAGAAUUAGUAGUUUACCAUUGAUGUUGUUGUUGUUAUCGUUGUUGUCAAUGUUGUUACUAUUGUGAUGAUGAAAUUUUACGGU